AUGGGGGCUGCGGGGAAAACACCUAAUGAUCUCAUCCGCCAUAGUUGUUUGUGGAUUAGGACCGCAGGUUUUAUUUUUUUAUUUCCCCUCAAGGGGUCCGUUUUAAACACUGUGAAAGCAGGAUUGCCUGAGCGGCUUUCAAGGGCCGCGCACAGCGAUUCAUUCUUCCUCGGGCCACGGAGGGAUGUGGUUAAAAACGCCCCACACUGCCUCUCAAGCACCGUCGACGCCUAUUCUGACAACCCCCUGAAGCAAUUUAUUCCCCCUCGCUCGAUUUCUCUCGUGUUUGUGUGUGUGUUCUGUGUACUCAAGAGGGACUUUUACUUCUAA